GCCUCGACCAGACACAGUCCGGGAGCGACGCCGCACCACGCGCCUGCCUCCGCCCUGCGCUUCUGUCUGCAGUCCUGCGGGCGGCAUGGUUGCCACCUGAGCUAGCGGCGGCUUCACUGGCUGCAGGGCGUGACCUCUCUGCAACAUGGCGUCCGACGAGGAGCGAGAUGAGUACGCGGACGGCUCGGUGCGCCUGCGCAACCCCAACAUCGAGCUGAUGGACCAGGACAUCCUGUACCACCUGGCGCUGGGCAGCGGCUCGCACGACCUGGUGGCCAUGUUCGGCGACGUGAAGUUCGUGUGCAUGGGAGGCACGCCGAAGAGAGUGGAGCAGUUUGCGCACUUCAUCAUGGACGAGAUCGGCCAUAAGCUGCCGACCGGGACCACCCUGCUGGACAUCAGCCAGUUCUCCUACCGCUACUCCAUGUACAAGGUCGGGCCCGUGCUGUCCGUCAGCGUAAGUACACUUCCUCGCCUCGUGCCUGCGUCACUGUCACGUCACUGUCACGUCACUGCCACGUCACUGCCGACCGGGACCACCCUGCUGGACAUCAGCCAGUUCUCCUACCGCUACUCCAUGUACAAGGUCGGGCCCGUGCUGUCCGUCAGCCACGGCAUGGGCAUGCCCUCGGUGGGCAUCCUGCUGCACGAGGUCAUCAAGCUGAUGUACCACGCGCGCGUCAAGGACCCCGUGUUCUUCCGCAUCGGCACGUCGGGCGGCAUCGGCCUGGAGGGCGGCACCGUCGUCAUCUCGGAGGACGCCGUGGACGGCGUGUUGCAGCCCUACCUGGACCUGCCGGUGCUGGGGAAGAUGGUGCGACGGCCCGCGCAGCUGGACAAGAGGCUGGUGCGCGAGUUGAAGGCCCUGGCCGACCCCAACGACCCCUACGACAUCGUCACCGGCCGGACCAUGUGCACCAGCGACUUCUACGAAGGACAAGGGCGCAUGGACGGAGCCUUCUGCGACUUCAGCGAGGCCCAGAAGAUGGACUUCCUGAACAAGGUCCACAAGUGCGGGGUCGUCAACAUCGAGAUGGAGAGCCUGUCGUUCGCCGCGCUCACCCACCACGCCGGCAUCCGCUCCGCCGUCAUCUGCGUCACCAUCGUGGACCGCCUGCACGGCGACCAGAUCAUGGCGCCCAAGGAGGUGCUGGACGAGUGGCAGUGCCGGCCGCAGGCGCUGGUGUCGCGCUACAUCAAGCGCUACCUCACCAUGAAGGGCCGGCUGACCAUGGCUGGCCCCGGCGGCUCCGUGUGCGUCAAGAGCCCGCGCCGCUUCAAGCUGGUGCAGCAGGAGUCGGAGAACUACGACUGAGCUGUCCCGCUGUCCCGCUGUACCGCUGUCCCGCUGUCCUGCUGUCCUGCUGUCCGCCCCCUCCUCCGCCCCAACACUCACACACCUGGGUCCCGACACGCAACAUUCAUUUCAAAAUUAGCUCAUCAAACUGAAAUAUUACACCUUAGAGGCAAUCAAUGUCAAAUGAUAAGAAUUUGUUAGAUAUUUAUGUUUAUUUAUUUAAUUAUUUAUUGUUAUUCCCCCUCCCCUCCCCUCCCCCCCCCCCCCAAAAAAAAAUCGCGAUGUGGAUGGCCAUCAGCGUGCAUCAGUCGUGGUUGUCCGGGCUGACCCAAUGGCUGAACUGCGACUCCACGGGAGUCUUGGUUCAAGUACAACUAAUAGCUUAGCCAGAAAAAUUUCUUUUAGAGAGCGGGCAUACUUUUCUUUUUUUUCUUCCAUUUUUUAUUUUUCUUUUACGUAAAUUUGUGGUUUUUUGUGAGCAGCUCCCCGCGUGGGCUGGUUGUUCUCUCGCACCGGUCAACGUUUUUCUGCUUUGUUUGGAAUGUAAAAAUUUAAAAAACCUAGAAAGCUUUCCUGAUGAAUCGCGAAUUCUAUUUAAAACAAAAAAAAACAUUUGUAGCAUUUUAACAACUAAACGGUUACGUGAAAUAUUUUUACAGCAUAAAUAUUAAUGUGUGUGACUUUAUGUGGUGGCUUCCGUGCGGGGAAAAAAAAUGUAUAAAUGUGAAAUUCCAUACAAUUGAGCUGCUUUAUUCGUGUGUGUUUUUGACAUUAAACUAGCAAAAUUGUCAAUGUGGUGAAGGUUAUUUAGUGAUUAAAACUUGGUAGUGUUCCUUAAUCGAAUUUGACAGUUCGAAUUGCAAAAUGCCGUAAUCGAUGUGUCGACAGAAAAUGGGUUCAGAUUAUCUAGUCGAAGAUGUGAUGCUUGUUUAUGGAUCGUUCUGCAACGGCACCUAAACGGAGACGGAUCUCACGUAGCAUUUAACUAUGGCGUCUGCUGCUCCCACAAUGCACGGAGACGUAACAAAUGGCAGCCAAUGAGAUUGCGUUUCAAGGUUACUAUAUAUUAAUUUAAUAAAAACAAAUAUGUAGGGGCCUGCAGAUUUCGCGAAAAGAUUUCGAGACUAGAUGAAAGUUAAAAACUAUAGCAUCGUCUGUAUUUCGUGAUUAGGUGAGUUUCUCCCAGGUACAUAUCGAUUGUAACAACACCAAUCACAGUGAUUCAGUGCGGAAGCAAACGCGUCCUGAGUGGCUCGGUCAAAUAAGGCAACGAUUUCUCUCGUAGAAGGCCGCCAAUCACAAGGAAGAAACCACAGGUGCGGGUAUACCUUGUUGCAGUCUAAUAAGUGUUCAGAUCUUUUCGCGAAAAAUGCCUGCCCCUACAGAUUUGUAUUAUGCUUCGAGAUCACAGCAUGCACAUAAUUUACAAGUAUAAUAAAAAUAAACUACAAAGUAAAAAUAGAACAAUAAUUAUUCUUGAACCUGAAACAAUUUAAAGUAUUUUUAACGUACACAAAUAUGACUACCACCGCAACAAAAAUUGAAUUAAUUUCCGUUUUAAAAUUGACUAAAUUUUAAUUAUUUAAAUGUUUCGGCUGAACACAUGUAGGCUGAAACACCAAAGUGAUCAGCAUCAACUUGUGGUGUUUAAAGGGUGCGAAAUAUUUCGGGAAUCUAAUGUGUUUCUUUAGCUUAGUUGACCAGCGCACUGAAGACUCAGAUGUCGGAGUCCUAGCUUAGUUACAAAGUCAUGUCACCGCCUCGAAUGGCGGUUUCAGUCAGUACGCUCUGAUUGUCUAUAUAUAUAUAUAUAUAUCGAUUUCCAGCAUGAGCUCACGCAACUUAAAAAUCAAAUUCAGUGGUUUUCAGCCAUAGUUCGUUCCACGCGCGAUUGAAAUGUCGUUGUAAAAAGCAAGCAUAGUCCUGCGUCACAAUCUGCAAAACGUUGUGUGUCACGGGACUUAAGGGGCCCGCCUCGUCAGGGGUGUGUGUGUUAGUGAGGCGGGACUAGCUGGUGCUUCUAGCGCGGUGUCUCCUCUGGACCGGCGCGCAGUCUUCUCGUCGUGCACAGGACAACUGUGAAAUUUGAGAGGUGACCAUAACAUUAUACGACGGAUAAAUGAAGAUAAAGGUGUAAUGCAAGUCCCUUAAGUGCUUUCAAUAAUAUGUAAUGGUUGUUUUACGCCUAAAAAUUACUCUGAAAACAUGCGUUUUAGCCAUUUUAACUUCUCUAAAAAUACAAUUUUAAAACGUCAUCCAAAAUCAGAAGUACUUUUCGGCCCUCAGCGAACUCUUAAAUGCUUUUCGUAAACAGACCCCACUCGGAUAUCUUGAGUAGUUUCGAAAUCGCGUUGUUUUUCCUGAAGCUCUGCACACCGUAUGUAUGCCCUGGUAGGCGGGGGCCUUAAGUCCUGUGGACUGACCAGUUUCACCACGUAUCUGAAACUAAUCGCUUUUCUCUGUGCCCCCACUCAUAAAAGAAAUUUUUAAUCAAUCAUGUAGUUAUUUUCUGUUAGAUACAUGCUAGAAAUAUAUUUUGUGAUUUGUUUAAAUGUGUUGUAGUAUCUUAUAUAUAUGUACGCAUGUAUGUGGAAUACACUUAUUUUAUUUUAAUGGCAGUGUUUAUAAUUUUCCACGAAUUUCAUAUUAUUGUAGCCAGUUUUGAUGUUGACCAAACACGUUUUUUUUUUUUUUUUUUUUUUUAUGCAGUUUGUGUGUGAUGCGAGUUUCGUAUGUUGAAAUAAUCCCAAAAAUUUUUAUCUCUGACAACCAUAAAAUUUUUAACUAUCAGCUUGUAGAAACGUGUACGUUUUUUGUAGCAUAAUCUGUACUCUUCUAUGGUAUUCAUCUACUUUUGCAAAAUGUUACUAGGUAUAUCAGAGCCUAUUGUUGUGUAGUAUAUAAGUGUACGUUUGGAUGGUAGGUAAUGAGAGUUAACUGAAAAUACUAAAUGAAAUAUAGUUAUAUAUAACAGUCGAGAGUGGGGCCUAUAUUAUUACUGCUCGAUUCGACAGAUCUUUCAAAACAAAUCACUAUAAUCAUUCUUUUUUUAAAUAUUAUUUUGUCCCAUUUUUUAUGUAAAAUAUUUUGUAUUUAAAUUUCUUUCUCAUUUACUGCAAUUAUUUAUUUGUUAAGCAAACUUGUAGGAUAUUUUUUUUCUUCACAAAUUUGCUCUACUGAUAUUGAAUUUUUUUUUCAUGAAUUAUAAUCAUAAGUUAUUUUGGGUAGGGACUGGAGAAAUUCGCAUGUCUAAUACUUCCAGGGCAGACUCUACACGUCCUCUUCAGAAUCAGGCAAACGUCACCGUAUCAUUGUCUCAGUGUUGCCAAUGCAGAUGUUUAUUUUGACUCUUAUGUGAAAGCCAAAAUACCCGCUUUUACCUGCAAUUCUAAAAUUUGGUAGUAUAGUUUUACGCCAGGCAAAAUGGAACAAAGGAGCAGUGAAACUAAAUUUUUCUGAAGUUAUGACUUUACGAUCGCUUAAUGCAAACAAAAGGGUGGAAAAUUUACUGCACACUCUAUUGAGGAUAAGAUUGACUGAUUUUGACAGUUCUUGAACUGACAUUUCUGUUUUUACAGCUGAAUAUACUUAUCAAAUAAAACGAAAAAUUCUACAUGUAGCAUUAUCCUAGGCAACGAACCAUGUGAAAUUGUUUUGUUUGUUUUAUGAGAACUGAAAGCUGUCAACGUGAAAAUUUUAGUUCGUAUACAUUGAUGUUAAGUAGUUCAAUCAUAGAUAUUUUUAUAUAAAUGAUUAUCAGCUGUGCUGAAAUGAACUAAUAAAUUUUCAAGCAAUGCAUAUUGAACAAGGUUAGAUAUGGAACACAUAUUUCUAAAUUCGAAAGUAUUUCUUGUAGUGCAAAAAUACCCUCAUUUUACCCGAAACUAGAGAUCACUUGCAGUUUUCUCCGUAGUAGUUUUAAAAUACCCGAAAUUCGGGGAAUUACCCGCAAAUUGGCAACACUGCAUUGGUUGCUCAAAAGAGCUUUGUGCUAGCUCAUUGGCUUGGAUACUUCCACAUAAGUGGCAUGUGCUUAAAAAAAAUCCUUCUGUAAAGUAUAACAGCGAAUUUUUCCGGGCUCUAUGCGUGACUAGCGAGCAAAGUGUAUAGUAAAAUCUCUUUUUCUUUUUUUGAUACAGCUAUAUCAAAGUUAUUUCUAACAACGUAGUGAAGUGCCUCUUUCUGUUGUAAUGUGUUAUUUGCUGUUCCUGAUAGAAUUACACAGAAUAAUGUUAAAGCAUGUUUCAAUUCAAUGGUUAUGACAAAUAAUGUUGCCUGAACAAUAAUCCAAACAAUUAGCGUUCAAAUACUUGAAAAUAUGAAAAAAUAUAUUUUGCAUAUUUACAUACUUUUUUUUCUUACUGCUGGUGUUAAUUUUGCCAACUUAGAUAUCUACAUAUCAAGUCAGUUAUAACGCGAAGAAAAAAUUUGUGACUUUAACAUAACAUAUUUAAAAAUAUGGCAAUAAAAUAGUGUCACUAGUGUUACAAUCACCAGGACCGAAAAGCUUAUAAUUUAUAAGGAUAUUUUGUUUAAAAAAUAUCAUGAUUAGGAAUAUAGAACUCAACUUUGCUGUCUGAACAUAACACCUUUAAGACCUUUGCCACUGUGAUUGUCUUCAUAUAAAACUGCAAGGUCGUUAUGAAAAUAUUAUUUAAAUUAGAAACAUCUGUCUUAUUUAUACCUCAGCAUAUUUUAAGUUAAAAAAAUUUAGCCUUUGAAUAUCUCUUUCAAGUAAACAAUUUAAAUUAGCAUAUUCGCGGAGUUAGAAAUUUAUUAUUAUAUUGCACAAUAUUUUUUCUUGAAGUUGUAUUUUAUGUGAUACAGGAGUUGUAUGCAAUUUCUGUACUACGGACAAUACAAAUAUUCACAUUUUACACUGCCAAAUGUUAAUGAAUUUACCCAAGUGACAGAUUAUUCCUCAGGUAACAGAAUUUCAAACAUUCGUAUAAGUUGAUAGCCUGGAUGGAUGUAUCAUGUGAUAUUUUAUGUAAAUAUGUUUAUUUAGACCAUUGUUAGAGCUGUUACAGUUGAAACAAAUUGACGUGCGUGCAAUGAUGUACCGUUAAACAGUGAAAUAAUCAGUAUUUUGGUGAAAAAUAAAUAAAUGUAUUUGUUAUGCUUAUUGUUAAAAUACAUUGUUUACAAGUUGUGUCUGAAA